AUGGAAUUACUAUAUUCUGACUUUGAUAAUCUUCAGGGUGAGAUCGAGGAACUCGCUUAUCUAGAGGAUAGGAGGUAUCAGGAACGAGACGUGUUCGAGAACCAGUAUUACUCGGCUGUCGCGACUGCUAAAACCCUGUGCCAGUCAUCAUCAACUUCGUCACAUUCCUCAAAUCACGAGGUAAGCUCUCAUGAUGCUUAUGCGCACAAACACAAUAGUUUCGUACGUCUUCCCAAGAUACAGUUACCUUUUUACAAUGGCAGUUACCAGCAUUGGCUUGAAUUCCGCGAUACCUACAUUUCUAUAGUUCAUUCCAGCACGGUCAUUGACGACAUAAACAAAUUUCAUUAUCUUCGUGCUUGUUUGCAAGGCAGUGCAGCCCUUUUCAUCAAAAGCUUAGAUUUUAAGGCUGAGAAUUAUGCUGCCGCAUGGGAAUUGUUGUGCAAGAGGUACGAUAAUAAACGCUUGCUUGUAAACAAUCAUGUUCACGCCCUUUUCAAUGUAAAUGCCAUCAAAAAAGAAUCUAGUAAAGCCUUGCAUUACAUAGUUGAUGUCACAAAUAAAAAUCUUAAAGCUUUGGCUACGCUUGACCAGCCUACAGAAAGUUGGGAUACUUUAAUAAUUUAUAUGAUGUCAACUAAAUUAGAUAUUGUCACAAAUAGGGAAUGGGAGGAAUACAGAAACAAUCGCAACGAUCCACCUACUCUAGAUAUUUUUUUAACCUUUUUAACUAACAGAGCAGAUCUUUUGGAGACUUUGGAGGAGGCAAAAAAUAACAGAGGUAAUUCUGAAUCUAAUCAUAUUCACAAAUCCAAUAGCUUUAUAAUUUCUUCAGGUAAAAAUAAAUCAUUUUCAUGUCCAUUAUGCUAUCAUGAGCACUAUUUAUUUAAUUGUGAUGCCUUCAGAAAGCUUCCUGUUGAGACGCGUAUUGAAAAGGCUAAGACCUUUAAAAUAUGCUUAAAUUGCCUUCGGCCUGGUCACCACGAAUCACGCUGUAAAUUGUCACAUUGCAAAUAUUGCAAAUCCAAACACAACACGCUUCUUCAUCUCGAUAUUCAUAAUGAGCCUGUCGCACAUGACAGCGUUGUGUUAUCUGCUGAACCAUCUCAGUCUUUAAUUAACACAAACCAUAUUUUGCUAUCCACAGCUAUGGUCAAGGUGCUCGACGGCCAUGGAAAAUCACAUGCCGCUAGAGUCUUAUUAGACAAUGGAAGCACAGGAAACUUUGUCACAAAGGAAUUUUGUGCCAAACUCAAUCUUCUUACCAACGCUACGAAUUCAAGAGUAACAGGCAUCAAUCAACAGAAAACCAAAUGGCACCGGUCCUAUGGCGAGCUGAAAGAGGGAAAGUUCGUCGUUAUCAAGGAGAAGACGUCUGCUCCAUUGAUGUGGCUUCUGGGACGCGUUGUACGUAUUCUGCCUGGAAGAGACGGCGUAGCAAGGGUUGCAGACAUCCAAACGAAGAGGGGUGUCAUUCGCCGGGCAUACAAUACCAUAUGCCCCCUGCCUGUCAAGAGCUUUGAACUUGGCACUUCAACGCGGGGAGUCUAUGGUCAAGCCAUAAACAGCGAGCGCGAUGAUGUCCCCGGGGAGACCCGGGGGCGCGGGGCGUCGGACAAUAUCGCUGCGGCCGGCUGCCGGCCGCACACAGCGACACACUGGUUUUUAACGCCGUAA